AGGUUGUUCAUCCAUCAGCGCUGGGGCUCGAAGUUGGCCAUGAAAUCGCAGUAAAAUAUUUCGGACGCGACCCUGUUUCGGGUCAGGUGCGAGUGUCAAGAAAAGUUCUCCAAAACUCAGCUGCAGUACUUGGGAAACCUUCUGGAGGGGAUGCUGCUGUCGAGGAUGCUGCGCAGUCGAGUUGAGGCAAAUUUCUUAUUCGUCGCCACUUGCAAUUUUUGAUAAAGCGAUGCGAAUUCUAUGCCGAUUUUUGUAUGGUCGCCUUUUUUUCUCUCUGGAAAGAGGAACUUCUGUUCAUAGGCUCGCCGACUGAAUCUAUUUCUAGUACUGAGAUUUAAUUGGCGUGUCUUUUCGCAGGUGAAUGCGAUCGCAGUGAUUUAUUUUAAUUUUUUUGUCGCCGCAUGAGUUAACGUUUAGAAUUCGUUUGUUGAAAAUUCAGAGGCGCCAUGGCGGCGCGAUUGUGCUUGCGAUGGAAUAAAUUUCCGGGCACUCUUGCGGAAGAGUUCGACCUUUUGCGGCAUGAGCGUGAAUUUGUUGAUGUGACUUUGGCCUGUCGGGAAGGUCAGGAUUUCUCCGCCCACAAGGUGGUUCUUUCAGCAUGCAGCCCGUAUUUUCGCGUCCUUUUAAACAAAAUUCCCUGCCAGCAUCCCGUUAUCUUUCUAAAAGAUGUUCGACCUGAAGAAAUGGAAGCACUGUUGCAGUUUAUGUAUACGGGUCAAACCAGCAUCUGCCAGAAUAAACUUGCUGUUCUACUGCAAGCAGCGGCUGCCCUUCAGAUCAAAGGAUUGGCGGAGGUUUCUGGACUCUCCUACGACGAUUUGGAACGUGGGGAUGUGGGAACUACGGAAACAGCCACGUGUACUCAACAAGUUGUCGGUGAAGCGCGGAAUACGGGGCGUAAACCAGUUCCUCUGAAGAACGACACCACCAGGAGGGAUGGUUCCAGUGAACCGACAACAAAAAAGAGGAAACAACUUCCGGUUUUGCAGGUGAAGAGCUUUUCCUCUGGAUCG